GACGCCUUUUACAAGUAUUUCACUAUUUACACAUUUUCAUCACCAAUAAGUUUUUUAGAAAUUAAAAACUUUGUCUGGGUUUCCAAAUUGCAAAUCAAAUUUCGAUUGAAUCAGACACAAUUUCUUUUUUCAAUUUUAUAAUGAAGAACAAAAGGGCGAGAACGAGUGUGGACAAGGCGGUGGUUGAUGUUUGGCAACGGGAAGUUGGGGAACUCUCCACUAGGAAUUUCGCCCACCGGCUUGCCGCUUCUGAGGAUCUUGUGCUCCGACUCGAGAUUUACAAGAAACUCAAAAAGCACCGAGGUUGUGUGAACACUGUGAGCUUUAAUGCUGAUGGUAACAUUUUAGUAUCUGGCUCUGACGAUAAGAGGGUUAUACUAUGGGAUUGGGAAACUGGGAAUGCUAAGCUUACUUUCCAGUCAGGCCAUGUCAACAAUGUUUUCCAAGCAAAAAUCAUGCCUUACUCUGAUGAUCGCAGCUUGGUUACCUGUGCUGCUGAUGGCCAGGUUCGACAUGCUCAAAUUUUGGAACGUGGUGUUGAAACUAAACUGCUGGCCAAACAUCAGGGACGAGCUCAUAAAGUGGUCAUUGAACCAGGGAGCCCUUAUAUAUUUUACACUUGUGGUGAAGAUGGAUUAGUGCAGCAUAUUGAUCUUAGAACUGUAGCAUCUACCGAACUUUUCACUUGCCGCCCAGUCGAUGAUAGCAGGGCUUACAUGCCAUUUAUCCAUCUCAAUGCUAUCGCUAUUGAUCCAAGGAACCCAAAUCUCUUUGCAGUUGCAGGAUCGGAUGAAUAUACUCGCCUUUAUGAUAUUCGCAAGUAUAAAUGGGAUGGCUCAACUGAUAUUGGUCAACCUACAGAUUAUUUUUGCCCCCCUCAUUUGAUUGGUAAUGAUCAAGUUGGAAUAACAGGCUUGACCUUUUCCGAUCAGAGUGAGCUUCUUGUUUCCUACAGUGAUGAGUUCAUUUAUCUCUUCACACGGGAUAUGGGAUUGGGGCCUAAUCCAAUCCCGUCAUCUCCAUUAUCUGCAUGUAAUGAGGCAAGUGAUAUCGGUCUCGAUCACUCAGCUACGGAUGCUAAUGAAAAAGCUAUUCCUCAAGUUUAUGAGGGACAUAGAAAUUGCGAGACGGUGAAAGGUGUGAAUUUCUUUGGACCUAAAGCUGAUUAUGUGGUUAGUGGAUCCGACUGUGGCCAUAUUUUUAUUUGGAGGAAGAAAGGUGGAGAGCUCAUUCGUGUUAUGGAAGCAGAUAAGGAUGUGGUAAACUGUAUCGAGUCUCAUCCUCAUACCACAGUUCUUGCUAGCAGUGGAAUAGAGUCUGAUAUCAAGAUAUGGACUCCAAAAGCUAUCGAUAAACCUACUCUUCCGGCAAAGAUCGAACAGUUCAAACCGAAACCUAGGGGCUGGCUGUACCGAUUAACCACGCCUCGAGACCUGAUGUUUCACUUAUUUUCGCUGCAAAGGCGAGAGGCUAGCCCGGAACGGAACGCAUUAAGCUUGUCAGCAGCAAGCCGAGAACUUCUAGGACAUAUAUUGGCAUUCAAUGCCAAUAGUGAUGCUUCUUCUGAUGGAGGUAAUGCCUCUGGUCCUGAAGACUUGUUUAGUUAAAUGAUCGUAUGCAUUCAUGCUAUGGCAAGUAACCAUGCUUCGUAAUUGUACAUGAACAUAGGGGCUUUAAACAAGUGGGGUUUCACAAACUUUUAUUCCCACUCUUUAUUUUUAAGUUUCUCUCUUUUGUUCUUUUUAAGAUGUUUUUUCAUGGAACAAAAUCUUAUGGCUUAUGUAAAUGCCUUUCAUGGAUUUGGGAGAACA